CCCUCCCUCCCUCAUUCAGGGGUGGGACUGAAGAAGAAGGCUAACUUGACAGCAGCGCUUCUUUCUUAGCUAGUCACCGGCCCUUGCUCAAGAAUGCCAGUGUGUAUGUAGCCUCGGCAAAGAGGUCGUUUUCUCCGAGUCCAGAGGGGCCGCCUGAGCUUCUAAGAACUAGGGAGGAGCCAUCCCAGCCAUGAGCCCCUGUGGGAAUCUGCUGGGGGGCAAGUGGCCUGGAGUCCUCAGGCUCCUCCAGCUGCUCCGGAGGGAGAGGUGAACUCAGGGCAGCCUGCCUGCAGCCAGAGGUGUUGGGAGCCCUGGGCCUGUCAUGGUGGCCAUCUACAGCCGGCCUGAGGCACUCAUAGACGGAUUUGCAGCUGAGCCUGUUUAUCUGGUGUGGGAAGAAGAUGGGGAGUUACUUGUCAGUCCCGGCUUACUUCACCUCCAGAGACCCAUUUCGGUGUUCAGAAUGCCAGGAUUCCCUCACCAACUGGUACUACGAGAAAGAUGGGAAGCUCUAUUGCCCCAAGGACUACUGGGGGAAGUUUGGGGAGUUCUGUCAUGGGUGCUCCCUGCUGAUGACAGGGCCUUUUAUGGUGGCUGGGGAGUUCAAGUACCACCCAGAGUGCUUUGCCUGUAUGAGCUGCAAGGUGAUCAUCGAGGAUGGGGAUGCAUAUGCACUGGUGCAGCACGCCACCCUCUACUGUGGGAAGUGCCACAAUGAGGUGGUGCUGGCACCCAUGUUUGAGAGACUCUCCACAGAGUCUGUUCAGGACCAGCUGCCCUACUCUGUCACGCUCAUCUCCAUGCCAGCCACCACUGAAGGCAGGCGGGGCUUCUCCGUGUCCGUGGAGAGUGCCUGCUCCAACUACGCCACCACUGUGCAAGUGAAAGAGGUCAACCGGAUGCACAUCAGUCCCAACAAUCGCAAUGCCAUCCACCCUGGGGACCGCAUCCUGGAGAUCAAUGGGACCCCGGUCCGCACACUUCAGGUGGAGGAGGUGGAGGAUGCAAUUAGCCAGACGAGCCAGACACUUCAGCUGUUGAUUGAACAUGACCCCGUCUCCCAACGCCUGGACCAGCUGCGACUGGAGGCCCGGCUCGCUCCUCACAUGCAGAAUGCUGGACACCCCCACACCCUCAGCACCCUGGACACCAAGGAGAAUCUGGAGGGGACACUGAGGAGACGUUCCCUGAGGCGCAGUAACAGCAUCUCCAGGUCCCCUGGCCCCAGCUCCCCAAAGGAGCCCCUGCUGUUCAGCCGUGACAUCAGCCGCUCAGAAUCCCUUCGUUGUUCCAGCAGCUAUUCACAGCAGAUCUUCCGGCCCUGUGACCUAAUCCACGGGGAGGUCCUGGGGAAGGGCUUCUUUGGGCAGGCUAUCAAGGUGACACACAAAGCCACGGGCAAAGUGAUGGUCAUGAAAGAGUUAAUUCGAUGUGAUGAGGAGACCCAGAAAACUUUUCUGACUGAGGUGAAAGUGAUGCGCAGCCUGGACCACCCCAAUGUGCUCAAGUUCAUUGGUGUGCUGUACAAGGAUAAGAAGCUGAACCUUCUGACAGAGUACAUUGAGGGGGGCACACUGAAGGACUUCCUGCGCAAUAUGGAUCCAUUCCCCUGGCAGCAGAAGGUCAGGUUUGCCAAAGGAAUUGCCUCUGGAAUGGCCUAUUUGCACUCUAUGUGUAUCAUCCACCGGGAUCUGAACUCUCACAACUGCCUCAUCAAGUUGGACAAGACUGUGGUGGUGGCAGACUUUGGGCUGUCACGGCUCAUAGUGGAAGAGAGGAAAAGGCCCCCCAUGGAGAAGGCCACCACCAAGAAACGCACCUUGCGCAAGAACGACCGCAAGAAGCGCUACACGGUGGUGGGAAACCCCUACUGGAUGGCCCCUGAGAUGCUGAAUGGAAAGAGCUAUGAUGAGACGGUGGAUAUCUUCUCCUUUGGGAUCGUUCUCUGUGAGAUCAUUGGGCAAGUGUAUGCAGAUCCUGACUGCCUUCCCCGAACACUGGACUUUGGCCUCAACGUGAAGCUUUUCUGGGAGAAGUUUGUUCCCACAGAUUGUCCCCCAGCCUUCUUCCCCCUGGCCGCCAUCUGCUGCAGACUGGAGCCUGAGAGCAGACCAGCAUUCUCAAAACUGGAGGACUCCUUUGAGGCCCUCUCCCUAUACCUGGGGGAGCUGGGCAUCCCGCUGCCUGCAGAGCUGGAGGAGUUGGACCACACUGUGAGCAUGCAGUACGGCCUGACCCGGGACUCACCUCCCUAGCCCUGGCCCAGCCCCCUGCAGGGGGGUGUUCUACAGCCAGCAUUGCCCCUCUGCGCCCCAUCCCUGCUGUGAGCAGGGCCGUCCGGGCUUCCUGUGGAUUGGCGGCCUGUUUAGAAGCAGAACAAGCCAUUCCUACUACCUCCCCAGGAGGCAAGUGAGCGCAGCACCAGGGAAAUGUAUCUCCACAGGUUCUGGGGCCUAGUUACUGUCUGUAAAUCCAAUACUUGCCUGAAAGCUGUGAAGAAGAAAAAAAAAAAGCCUGGCCUUUGGGCCAGGAGGAAUCUGUUACUCAGAUCCACCCAGGAACUCCCUGGCAGUGGAUUGUGGGAGGCUGUCGCUUACACUAAUCGGCGUGACCUGGACUGCUGGGCAGGAUCCCAGGGUGAACCUGCCUGUGAACUCUGAAGUCACUAGUCCAGCUGGGUGCAGGAGGACUUCAAGUGUGUGGACGAAAGACUGGUGGCCAGAAGGCACUCAAAAGGUGUGAAAAAGACAGUGAUGCUCCCCCUUUCCACUCCAGAUCCUGCCCUUCCUGGAGCAAGGUUGAGGGAGUAGGUUUUGAAGAGUCCCUUAAUAUAUGGUGAAACAGGCCAGGAGUUAGAGAAAGGGCUGACUUCUGUUUACCUGCUUACUGGCUCUAACCAGCCCAGGGCCCACAUCAAUGUGAGGGGAAGCCUCCACCUCAUGUUUUCAGCUUGCUACUGGAAACUGGCUGAGAACUUAACAGGCAACAUCCUUUCUGUCUGCAACAGUCACAAGCACAGGAAGAGGCUAGGGGACUAGAAAGAGGCCCUGCCCUCUAGAAAGCUCAGAUCUUGGCUUCUGUUACUCAUACUCUGGUGGGCUCCUUAGUCAGAUGCCUAAGACAUUUUGCCUAAAGCUACAUGGGUUCUGGAGGACAGUGGCUUGUCACAGGCCUAGAGUCUGAGGGAGGGGAGUGGGAGUCUCAGCAGUCUCUUGGUCUUGGCCUCAUGGCAACCAUUGCUCAUCCUUCAGCAUGCCUGGUUUAGGCAGCAGCUUGGGCUGGGAAGAGGUGGUGGCAGAGUCCCAAAGCUGAGAUGCUGAGAGAGACAGCUCCCUGAGCUGGGCCAUCUGACUUCUACCUCCCAUGUUUGCUCUCCCAGCUCAUUAGCUCCUGGGCAGCAUCCUCCUGAGCCACAUCUGCAGGUACUAGAAAACCUCCAUCUUGGCUCCCAGAGCUCUAGGAACUCUUCAUCACAACUAGAUUUGCCUCUUCUAAGUGUCUGUGAGCUUGCACCAUAUUUAAUAAAUUGGGAAAGGGUUUGGUGUAUUAAUGCAAUGUGUGGUGGUUGUAUUGGAGCAGGGGGAAUUGAUAAAGGAGUGGUUGCUGUUAAUAUUAUCUUCUUGUUAUAUCUAUUGGGUGGUAUGUGAAAUAUUGUACAUAGACCUGAGGAGUUGUGGGACCAGAUGUCAUCUCUGGUCAGAGUUUACUUGAUAUAUAGACUGUACUUCUGUGUGAAGUUUGCAAGCUUGUUGUAGGGCUGAGCCCUGAACUCCCAGCAGCAGCACAGUUCAGCAUUGUGUGGCUGGUUGUUUCCCGGCUGUCCCCAGCAAGUGUAGGAGUGGUGGGCCUGAACGGGGCCAUUGAUCAAACUAAAUAAAUUAAGCAGUUAAAGCAGUUAACAUAACUGGCAA